CGUUUUUAAAAAUAUUUUUAAAAUUCAUUUCUGGCCAAGUAGUGAUCGUUUAAAAGCAUCGAUAAGUUCAGAACCACUUUCGCAUUUUACCACCACUAACGACAAUAGACCAAAACUUAUUUACUCAGCUGAUUAGAAAAACAAAGUCUUUAAAGAUGUUCCAACCGGAGAAGCACGGGCUAAUGCCCGAUUUUCAGCUUACCAAAUUUACAACGCACACUGGAUGAAGUUGCAAAAUCCCCCAAAAAGUACUUGAAAAGUACCUAAGGGGAACAGACAUAGCAAAUACAAACAAUGAAGGAUACCUUAUUGGCUCUGGAAUGGACUGUGCAGUAAUACCACUAAAACGGCAUGAAGAUUAUUUACUCGUUCAGACUGUAGAUUUUUUUUACCCCAUGGUGAAUGAUCCCGAAACAUUGGGUCGUAUUGCUAUAGCUAAUGUUUUAAGCGAUGUUUUUGCGGUGGGAGUGACAGAAUUUGAUGCAGUGGAACUGAUUGUUAGCACCUCGACAAGCUUCUCAGAUAAAGAAAGAGACGUUGUGAUAUCUCUUAUUGUGAAGGGAUUUCAAAACUCAUUGAAAGCAAAUGGGUUUCCUAAUACUAUUCUAAGGCUCAAGGAACUUAAGAUCAAUCCGUGGUGUAUAGUCGGCGGAAUAGCCACUUCCGUCUGUCGGAAGGAGGAAAUCAUUUUACCUUCCAAUGGACGACCAGGCGAUGUUUUGAUACUCACAAAACCCUUGGGUGGCCAGAUGGCCAUGGAUGCCAGCCUUUGGCAACUUAACCAGACUGAGAGGUACCAAACCCUGCGAUCCGAAUUCAGUGAUCAUGAGAUCAAGGAAACAUUUGAAAUAGCAGUAAAAUCGAUGACCUAUUUGAACAAAAAUGCUGCACUUUUAAUGCACAAAUACCAAGCACACUGUGCCACCGACAUCACAGGAUUCGGUUUAUUAGGACAUGCAAAAAAUCUUGUUAAUUUCCAAAAGGAGAAACUGUUGUUCAAAAUCCAUACAUUGCCAUUUAUCAAGAAUGUUUUACAAUUCAGUUCUCUAGUUGGCCAGAGUGCAAAGUUCCGUUCUGGCAGAUCUGUGGAAACAUCUGGUGGCCUACUAAUUUGCAUUUCUCCCGAAGCUGCAGUUAAAUUUUGUCUAGAGUUUGAAGAGGUUACAAGGGGGCAGCAAAAGGCUUUUAUAGUUGGUACUGUAGAACAGGCAGUAGAGUCAGAUGCCGUAUUGAGCGAUAAUGUUAAAUUCAUUGAAGUAAGCUUAUAAAAAUAGUUGGAAUAUAUUAAUCAUUCAUCUUAUGAAAAUUAUUUCUUAAAGGCUUAGCCCGGAAAUAAUCUGAAAUUUAUUGUACACCACAAGUGUACAAUAAUCAUGAUGAUUAGUAAAACUCUUCCAACUAUGUUGAAAUAAUUAUGAAAUUAUGAAAAUAUUCAAAGUAAAUUUUUUAAAUUAAUUAUUCAUUCUAUGAUGAUUAUUUCGUAAAGGUCUAAAAGCCGGGAAAUAUUCUGAAAAUAAUUGUACACUAAUGUAUAAUAAUCAUGAUGGUUAAUUUAAACUUUUGAAAAUAUAUUAUUUUAAUACCAAUAAAUAAAGAACUUAUUGUCGAAAAUGUA